UUUCCGCCAUUGCAAAAAUUUCGCCGGCUCUCACAAUUUUCUUUUGUCGGAUUUUCUUUUUUAUCCAGUUGCUGCAUCUUAGAACGGCGACGAAAUGGCGUAUAAAGGUGGUCAAAAGGUCCAGAAGGUUAUGGUCCAACCUAUCAAUCUUAUCUUCAGGUAUCUGCAAACACGUUCCAGAAUUCAGAUUUGGCUGUAUGAACAGACAAACAUGAGAAUUGAGGGAUGCAUCGCAGGUUUUGAUGAGUACAUGAAUCUUGUAUUGGAUGAAGCUGAAGAAGUUCACAUGAAAACUGGAGAGAAAAAAGUUAUUGGUCGGAUCAUGUUAAAGGGAGACAAUAUCACAUUGAUUCAAGCAUGUCAAAAUGAAUAGUGCAGAAAUUACAACAUUCCCAAGUCCAGGUGGACCAUUGACAGUGUGACUUUGGAAAGAUAUGUUCAAUAUUCUAGUGGUUCGAAUGACCCCUUUUGUGUGUGAGGGCUUGUUGGUCGGCUGUUCUGGCAACUUGUUUCAACCCUUGAUAUCUGCCAAGGUCUUUUUGUGUUGAGUUUUACGAUGUUUGUCUUUCUUCUGAGUCGCUGUGCUGUAUGGAGAAGAUUGUCUUGAAACCACACUGGUGACUUAGGUAUUCGUCAUAGGAUUCUGACAAGUUGGGGAGAAAAUGGCAAGAUUUUGUAUUAGCCUAGACUGAUGAGAUCAUGAGUGUUUAGCACUGGCCUCAACCACUGUAUUUUUUCGUUGAGAGUGCAGAAGGUGUGGCAAUGUGUGAAUAUUGUAAAUGUUUUGGGUACAGUAUCAGGAAAGCAAUUUUGAGGGAAAAGUUUGGGAACAUUGCCUGGUGAACAUAAUAGUAAAUUGCUGGUUUUAAAUGUAUGGGUAAUUGUUCCAUCUCCCCUUCAUUGCUCAAAUCCUUUUCAAAAUUGAUCAAAAUUUCUUUUAUUCUUGAGUACAUGAGUGCAUUCUGCAAUCUGAUUUGAAAUUUGAAAAUAAGGAGAUACUUAGUAAUACUUCUAGUGCAUUUAUGUUUUUAUAAGUGUCCCACUUAAGAGAAAAUUGUAUAUUGCCGCUGAAAAAAAAGAAUAAUUACAUCUUUUAUAAGAAA